GUCUGUUAUCAGGUCUGUUAUGUCACAGAUGCGCUGGGACGCGCACCCUGUCAGUCACGCCUCCAACUUGCGCGGCUGCCACUGCUUUCACAACGUUUUCCAGUCGAGGUCCGACGAGUUCAAUUCGCACCGGCGUAGAAGUGAGAGACUCGUACAACGGGCGUCUAUACAGGGCGAUCUGGUAUGAUAUUCUAGGAAGUUCCUCCGCUAGCCUUUGACGGUCCUCAGCCGAUGCCCACCCAUUGUCCAAUACUCCGACGACAACCUUCAGUCCGCGCCAUAUAAAGCAACGCACGACCACGGUGGGUGACGGGGUCAACCAUGAGCGAAAGCAGCCGGAACGGCACAACUAAGACUCUUAUUGCCUUUGACUUUGACUGGACACUGGUCGACGAAGACACGGAUCGCUAUGUAUAUGCCACCCUUUCACCACCGACACUGGAAAAACUCCUUAGUCUCCACAAAACUGUCCAAUGGACAGAUCUGAACAAUCAACUCCAUCAAGAGUUGUAUGAACUUGGAAUCCCAGCCCUCCAUGUCAUGAACACAUGGCGGAACAUACCGUUCAACCCUGCAACCGCUGAAGCCCUACGUCUGGCUCAUGCCCAAGGCGCCGAGAUCAUUAUCCUCUCUGAUGCAAACACGAUAUCCAUCGAAGCUAUCCUGCGGCAUCACGAUCUCCGGCAUCUUUUCUCCAAAAUCAUCACCAACCCAGCACACUACGACGAUAUCGGGUGUUUGCGGGUGAAACGGUUGAUUCCGGCUGACGGACCGCAGCAUGGAUGCCCAAAUGGGUGCGCGGUCAACAUAUGCAAAGGUCAACAGUUGCUUGAUCAUAUUGCACAGAAUGGACCGUAUUCCAAAAUCAUAUACGCCGGAGAUGGCCGAAAUGAUCUGUGUCCGAGUACAAAGUUGAGGCGCACCGAUUAUGUUCUUCCACGCACGGGUCAUGCUCUUGCCAAGAUCUUGUCAGCCUCACCAUCCGCAAAGCUGCCGAACGAGGAGCUGACGAUGAAGUCGCAAACAGAAACCAAUACCGAUUCAGAUGCAGAUGCAGACCCGGUUAGACGGGUGCCCGAGGACACGAAGAAUGCGGUCGUGGCUAAUUUGAAGUUUUGGGAAACUGGCAACGACUUGUUAGCAGUCCUCAAGAGUUUGCUGCAACCGUAGUCUGAGAGAGUCGAGGGGCUAGACAGGAGAGGGGACAUCAUAUGUAGGAUUCUCGCGGAAGCUAGACACCUGUAGACCUAUAUAGCAUUUUGUUGUAUGUAAAUUUUUGAACAGCAGCAUAUUUAUGCGCCUUCAAGCAAGUGCUAUGAUGAUAAGAG